UGGUGGUAGUGGUGGUGCUGCUCGAAGUUGUCGCUGUUUCAACAUGUGUAUGUGAAGUUAUAACUGGCUGGCUGGUUUAAACAAUGCACUGUAAUAGUUGUGACCGGAUUCCUCUGAGGUUUUUCUAGCUGUUUCUGAAUCAUGAGUGGCUCCAAACCAGACAUCCUGUGGUCUCCUCACCACCCGGACCGCUAUGUCAUCUGUGACUCUGAGCUGGGGCUGUAUCGUAUUGGACCUGUGGGCAGCGCAGAAACCAAAGCAGGCACUCUCCCACUUUCUGAAGAAACUGCUGCCACUUUACUAGCCAUUAACUCUGACACUCCUUAUAUGAAAUGUGUGGCUUGGUAUCCAAAGCAUGAGCCUGAGUGUUUGCUGGCUGUGGGCCAAGCUAAUGGCAGAGUGGUGCUCACCAGCUUGGGCCAGAGCCACAACUCCACAUGCAAAGAGCUGGUGGGGAAAGAGUUUGUACCCAAGCACGCCCGCCAAUGCAACACAUUAGCCUGGAAUCCAGUGGACAGUAAUCUGCUGGCGGCCGGGUUGGACAAGCACAGAGCCGACUUCUCUGUCCUCAUAUGGGACAUCAGCAGUAAGUUCUCCCCGGAGGCGAGCGUAGCGGCUGAUAAGAUCCGUCUAUCGUCUGUGGAUUUGGACUCCAGCUCAGUUGUGACCAAACCGUUGUACGAGUUAGGUCAAAAUGACGCUUGCCUGUCCCUCUGCUGGCUGCUGCGUGACCCCAAGCUGCUGCUGGCCGGGAUGCACAGGAACCUGGCCAUAUUUGACCUGAGGAACACCAGCCAGAAGACGUUCGUCAACACCAAGGCCAUCCAGGGGGUGACGGUGGACCCGCACUUUCAUGACCGGGUGGCUUCCUUCUUCGAGGGUCAGGUGGCCAUCUGGGAUCUGAGGAAGUUUGAGAAGCCUGUGCUCACGUUGACCGAGCAGCCGAAGCCUCUAACUAAGGUGGCUUGGUGCCCGACUCGUACCGGCCUGCUGGCGACUCUGACACGUGACAGCAACAUCAUCCGCCUCUACGACAUGCAACACACUCCCACGCCUAUCGGAGACGAGACGGAGCCCACCAUCAUCGAGCGCAGCGUGCAGCCCUGCGAGAAUCAGAUCGGCAGCUUCGCCUGGCACCCGUCCUCUCAGAACCGCAUGGUGGUGGUAUCUGCAGCCAACCGGGUCAUGACCGACUUCACCGUGUUCGAACGCAUCUCGCUGGCCUGGAGCUCCACCACCUCGCUCAUGUGGGCGUGCGGCAGGCACCUCUACGACUGCGUGGAGGACGGGGCGGAAGGAGCGGAGAGCGUGAUAGAGAAGGACAUCGCCACCAAGAUGAGGCAGAGGGCUCAGUCCAGAUACGGACACGAUACCGUCCAGGUGUGGAGGAACCACCUGCUGGCGGGGGGGAACGACCCCCAGCUCAAGUCUCUGUGGUCCGACCUGUUUUAUAUGAAGCAGUGUGCAGAGGACAUGGAGCUGAAACUGCAGGGGAACAAACAGUCUGUCGUCUACUCUGGAAUCAAAAACAUCGUGAAGACCAGCUCAGGCACGACCGAGAGCCGCCGGUGCUGGAGCGGCUCGGAUCGUCAGACGGACGUGUCGAGGUACCAAAGCGAGGAGCGCAGCCUCGCCCUGCGGCUCUGCGGCUGGAUCAGCCGAGGGCCCGACAUCGACGUGGAGCCCUUCCUGCGAUCCCUGGAGCAGGAGCGCGAGUGGGAGCGGGCGGCCGCCGUGGCUCUGUUCAACCUGGACAUCCGCAGAGCGAUCCAGAUCCUCAACAAGGGAGCGACUGCAGAGAAGGGUGACUUGAACCUGAAUGUGGUUGCCAUGGCGCUGUCAGGCUACACGGACGAGAAGACGUCCCUGUGGAGGGAGAUGUGCAGCUCUCUGAGGCUGCAGCUGAAGAACCCCUACCUCUGCGUCAUGUUUGCCUUUCUCACCAGCGAGCCCGGAGCGUAUGACGGCGUGCUGCACGAGAGCAGCGUCGCUGUGAGGGACCGAGUAGCCUUCGCUUGUAUGUUUCUCAGCGAUGCACAGCUGCCUCGAUACAUCGACAAACUAACCAACGAGAUGAAAGACGCGGGUAACCUGGAGGGCAUCCUGCUGACGGGGCUGACUAAAGAUGGAGUAGAUCUCAUGGAGAGUUAUGUGGACCGUACUGGAGAUGUUCAGACUGCCAGCUUCUGCAUGCUGAAGGGUUCCCCGGGUGAAGUGUUGAAAGACCCUCGAGUCCAAUGUUGGAUCGAGAACUACCGUAACCUGCUGGACGCCUGGAGGUUCUGGCACAAGCGGGCCGAGUUCGACAUCCACAGAGGAAAGCUGGACCCCAGCUCUAAACCUCUGGCCCAGGUGUUCGUUAGCUGCAACUUCUGCGGGAAGUCCAUCUCCUACAGCUGCUCGGCGAUGCCUCACCAGGGCCGCGGCUUCAGCCAGUACGGUGUGAGCGGCUCGCCCACCAAGUCGAAAGUCACCAGUUGCCCCGGCUGCAGGAAGCCGCUGCCACGCUGUGCCCUCUGCCUCAUGAACAUGGGCACACCUGUUUCCAACUGCCCAGGAGCGGGGAAGUCAGAUGAGAAGGUUGACUUAACAAGGGAGAACAAACUCGCCCAGUUUAACAACUGGUUCACCUGGUGUCACAACUGUCGACACGGCGGCCACGCUGGCCACAUGCUCAGCUGGUUCAGAGACCACACCGAGUGCCCGGUGUCAGCUUGCACGUGUAAAUGCAUGCAGCUGGACACCACAGGAAACCUGGUGCCUUCAGACAGCAGCUAGACAGGAGAGGAACCUGUGCAGGAACCUGAAGCCAGACACCAGCCUGAAGCCAACCAGUGCCGGCUCACCGCUGUCACCCGCCACGCUGACAACUAGGGGGCAAAGGACAAAGGGUGCCAGUAGUGUCCUUCUCUGAAGUGACUGCUCACAUACAAGGACAUACCGUUAAUAAGUUAAUAGUCUAGUAUUGGGCUGUGCGAUAUGACGGUAUGUAUAUAUAUAUCCUGUGAUGAUAGAAAAGUGUCGAACGAAGGAAGGGAAGAAAGGAAAAGAAGAAAAGAAGGAAGAAAGGAAAAGAAGGUGAAGGAAAGGUGGAAGGAAGGAAGGAAAAGGGAUUAGGAAGGAAGCAAGGAAGGAAGGAAAGACGGAGGGAAGGAAACAAAGAAGGAAAGAACACAAGGAAGGAAGGAAAGGGGAUUAGGAAGGAAGGGAAGAAAGGAAAAGAAGACAAGAAAGGAAGGAAGGAAGGAAGGAAAGGAAG